AUGAUACGUAGCGGGGCCGCGUUCAAUCCGAUGCGGCGUACGCCGCCGCCGCCGCCGUACAUCGACACUUUUGAGUUGAUCCCCGAGGAUUACAUCAACAUGACGUCGGCGGAGGGCCACAAGUUUGUCGUGCACCGGAACUGCGCCUGCGUUUCGCCGCUCAUUCGGAAGUGCUUUGCCGACCACCUCGACCUCGCCCUCCCCGAGGUGAGCAUCGACUGGGGGGAGGCCGACACCAGCACGCCCAACAUUCACUUCCCGACACUCUCGACGCUGCGGCUGGAGGUAAUUAUCCAGUACCUGUACUACAAGCACCGUUACGAGGGGGAGGUGGAGGGGCGGCCGCCGUUUCACAUUCCGCUGGAGGCCGCACUGGAGGUGAUGAAAGUCGCCGAGACUCUUCAGUGCUGA